AAGAGUCGGCCGGAGGAACCGAGCACGAGGUCCAGAUUUUGGAGACACAGGAAGGGAUGGAAGAGAAGGAGGAAAGCUGCCCCAUGGCUCAAGUGUCUCCCCAACCCAAGGCCAACUUCAGCUCACCAUCGCCGUCCAGCCCCAGGACCUCGCUGUACCCCCAACGUCACGCGGAUCCGUAUGACUCCAGGAAGUAUUUUGUAACACGCCCAGGAGCCUUCGAUCAAGCCAUGGAGGACCUCAAAGCCCAUCUGGCAGCCAGCAAAGGAGAGGCGGCGCGCAGCUUCUGGCUACUCACUGAGAUCGAUCACUGGAACGUCGAGAAGGAACGGAUCGUGAUGCUCACUGACGCUGCCCUCCUGGUGUGCAAAUAUGACUUCAUCAUGCUCAAAUGCCUGGAUCUCCAAAGGAUCCCUCUGCGCUACAUCGAGAGGAUCUCCACGGGACCCUUCGCUUUUCCAGAGAAGUCUUUGGACAGGAGGACCGGGGAAGGCCUUAGGAUCUUCUGGGACACUCAGCAAGAGCCAAACUUCCUCGCCCGCUGGAACCCAUGGUCCACCAACAUGCCGUACAUCACCUUUACGGAGCACCCGGUCAAAAAUGGCUGCCCGAGGCUUAGCCCCAUCUGUCAG